AUGGCUGCUCGGAAUCUGCGUGGUGGCAAUGCGGCUCAAAUUCUUCCAAUGGAGGAUAGCUCGAGUCCGUAUUAUCUUCAUCCAAGCGAAAAUCCGAGUUUUCAAUUGGUUCCUCAAGUUCUGACUGACUCUAAUAAUAUCUAUUGGAGUAGAUCCAUUACUACGGCUCUUCUAGCGAAGAACAAGCUUGCGUUCAUCAAUGGCAAUCUUCUUCGAUCGGCCGAGGAUGAUCUACUAUUUCCGGCUUGGCUUAGAUUCAAUAGUAUGGUUGUUUCAUGGAUCAGAAACUCCAUUUCACCUCAGAUCUGCUCAAGCAUCAUGUAUAUUGAUAAUGCACAUGAAAUCUGGUCGGAUCUACGAGAUAGGUUCUCUCAAUUGGAUACAGCCAGAGCUUAUCAACUACGACAUAAGAUUACGUCACUUACGCAGGGAAAUGAUGAUGUUAAUGCCUAUUUCACUAAUUUGAGAAUACUAUGGGAUGAAUAUAGGCACUCUCAGCCUAUUACUUGGUGUGUUUGUGGCACAUGUAGCAAUAGUGCAUCCAAGUGGCAGACAUAUCAAGAGGAAGAGUGCAGCGUGCAGUUUUUGAUCGGACUGAAUUCAAGCUUCUCACAGAUCCGAUCGAGCAUUCUAUCUAUGAUUCAUUUGCCUUCUUUAUCCAAGGUUUUCUCCCUUGUUUUACAGGAAGAAAGACAGCGUACAAUUGAUGGCAACACAUCCUACAAUUCAUCUGUCACUUCCUCAAUAAGUGAACAGUUAUACUCUGCCAAUGUCACUCAAUCUUACAACAAAGGCAAGUUGUGCACUCAUUGUGGUAAAACUAAUCAUACAGUGGAUAGAUGUUUUGUAUUGCAUGGAUUUCCACCUAGCGUUGGCAAAGGAAAAGGAAAAUUCAAUAAUAAGGAUGACAACUUCACAAAAUUUGUCAACUAUGUGGAGAAUAGCUUUGAUGAAUAUGAUAAAACUGCUAUCUCCAAUAAUGUUGUUGUGCCAUCUCCUGAGCAGUUAACUACUUCAAACCCUCAUUGGUUGCUAGAUACAGGGGCAACUCAUCAUGUUUAUUGUGAUUCGUCCAUGUUUGACACUUAUUCAUCUGUGAAAAAUGCUUCUGUGCAUCUCCCUAAUGGUGCAACUGCCCCAGGAGCUUCUCAGGGAAUUGUGAUUGGGAGUGGUAGCCGAAUAGGGAAUCUAUACACACUUGAGACUUCUCAUCCAGAAAAGCAUCAAGAUUCUUCACCUUCUGCUGUUUCUUCUUCUUCUUCAGCCUCUGUAAUUCCUUCUUCUGUAAUUCCUUGUGCAAAUGUUGUCACUGGAAUAGAUAUAUGGCACAAGAGAUUAGGUCAUUUGUCCUAUGACAAAUUGAAAUCUAUGUCUGAUAAAGCACCAUCUUACUCACAUCUCAGAGUGAUAGGAUGUUUGUGCUCUGCUUCAACAAUUCAAAAUGGCAGAGACAAAUUCUCUCACAGAGCAACUAAAUGUGUGUUGCUUGGAUAUCCUCCAGACUACAAAGCAACAAAUUCAGAAAUCCCAGCCUCUUCACCUCAGACAUCAUCUUCUCCACCUCAGACUUCACCUUCUCCAUCUCAUAUAACACCAAUCAGUGAUGAUCUUCCCUCGUCUUCCUCUAAUCCAAUAAAUACCAGUUCUGACUCAAAUAUUUCUAGAACUGGCAGAACCAUAAAGCCCCCAUCUCACCUCACUGACUUCAUUUGUAACUCUGUCAGUUCCAGCACUCCAUAUCGAAUCUCUGCCUACUUUACUCUCUCCAAACUCUCUCCUGAGUACCUCAAGUACAUUGUGCUCAUGUCAGCUGUUUAUGAACCCACUACAUACAACCAAGCCUCACAAUACCUUGAGUGGCAGCAAGCUAUGCAAGAUGAGCUUUCUGCAUUUGCUAGAACUGAGACUUGGUUUGUAACUGUUGUACCACUUGGGAAGGUGCCUAUUGACUGCAAAUGUGUAUACAAGGUGAAAUAUAACCCUGAUGCAACAAGAGAGAGAUACAAAGCAAGGCUUGUUGCCAAGGGUUUCACUCAAUUAGAAGGUGUGGACUUUCUUGACACCUUUUCUCCUAUGGCUAAGCCGACCACAGUUAAGCUUCUAUUAGCUCUUGCUGCAAUACAUGGAUGGUCACUUUCUCACCUUGACAUCAAUAAUGCUUUUCUCUAUGGAGAUCUAGAAGAAAAUAUAUACAUGACUCUUCCACCGGGCUAUAGAGUAGACUGGCAGACUGUUGAAGGGGCAACUCCUCAAUCAACACUAUUUUGCAAGCUAAAGAAGUCUCUCUAUAGCUUAAAGCAAGGAUCUAGGCAGUGGUAUUUAAAAUUUUCAGAAGUAUUGAAGGGCUUUGGUCUGCAACAGUCUGUAUUAGACCAUUCAUUCUUCUUUAAGAAUGAUCAAUAUGGUUUUUUUGGCAUUAUUGUGUAUGUGGAUGACAUAUUGAUAGCCACAACUAAUCCCGAGAUAACAGAAAGUUUUAAGAGCUUCAUAUCACAGCACUUUAAAUUCAAAGAUUUGGGUGUUCCCAAAUAUUUCCUUGGAGUUGAAUUAACAAGGAACACGAAAUGA